AUGGCGCGCUCGAGCUCGCAUUCAAGGUCCACUCGCCCUAUGCGGUCCAGCCGGACUAAAGUUCAGACUUAUCAAGAGGAAAGUUCCUCUCAGGAUGAAACCACAGAUCUACGAGACUCGAGGCGCACCUCGCUAUCACUCCGCUCGCGCAAUACAGCUCGAGUGCCAAAGUCCUAUCGCGAAGAAUCGACGGAUACUAGCGUCGAAGAAUCUGUGGAAGCUCUGGAGUCUGAAUCAUCAGUGACUCCGUCAAAUGAGGCGCCAUAUUUGGAUCUUGGAUCUGCCUCUACUCCACGCCCUUCUAGAGCCCAACCCUCUCGACGCGCUACAACUACACCGAAAUCAAAGACUACCAAACGAGCACUGAAAAGCAGCGGCCAAGUGGGAAGGAUCUUGCCUAAGCGUGCCAAAACACUCGCGAGUGAGCCAAUAUCUUUGGGGUCUGGUGUCAUUCCACCCUGGCAAACACUCCCCUACCAUGUUCUACUCGAUAUCUUCCUGCAUGCGUCACAUCCGGUAUUCGACGAAGUCCGCUCGGCCCGCAACGAUUCUGUUAACCGCGCUGUAUCACUCCCCCCUCUUCUGCCUGCCUCCAAGAGCCAUUCCCUGCUUCGUCUACUGGAACAGCCCCAAGAGUCGCUAUCAAUGAACUAUUCAAGCAAGAUAAAGGAGCUGCAUGUUGAGGUUGAACCACUGCUCCUUUACAAGAGCGGGCCCACCCUCGGCUACUUCGACCUUGCAAAAUUGAUCGAGAAGACACCUCAGGUACACACUGUGCGGUUGUAUCACAGAGACGAUUUCGAACUUGGCUUUUCACAAUGGCAAAUUAACCAGUCAAAGUGGACAUACCGAAGUUCUGUCUUUUCCGCCCUUGCGAAGAGUGGAAUUUCACUUCGUAGCUGGGAUUGGAACGCUCGCUUCCUGAACACUGAUGAGCUUGUUGAUUUGAUGAUGAGGACGCACCCGCGACGCGCUUUCCAGAGCCUGAGGGAGCUCAGAUUAUUUCGUUUUGAUAAUCCUAGCCAGAUGGAUUCCGCUACCAAAGAGGCCGGCCUCUCUCAAGUCCUUUGCAUGCUUCCCGAUCUUCAGCGAUUGACAUUCACUGACAGCUUCUUGGUUGGGGGCCAGACUUUGAUUAAUCUGCCCCAUACCAUCCGUUCCCUAACUCUGAAUAACUGUGAUAAUCUGUGGUCCCCAGACCUCACAUCCUACUUGUCAUCACACGGCACCAAUCUUCGAGAGCUCAGCCUGAGUCACAACCGCCAUCUGAACAUGUCUUUCAUCCAUAAUCUGGCCCAGUCCUGUGAGAACCUUGAAGUAUUCAAAAUGGACUUAUCUAUGCAUGACGCAUCCAGUUACCACGACAUAGAACCGCAUUUCGAGGAUCUACUUGCUCGGACGGAGGUUCCUACUUGGCCCACAAAGCUCCAAGAAAUCGAGCUCAUUCAGUUACGCAAUUGGGACGAGCCUACUGCUGAGAUCUUCUUUGACUCGCUGGUCAAUGCGGCACCCGGCCUGCGCGACCUCCGACGUUUGGCAAUCAGUGCACUUUUGGAGAUUGCUUGGCGUGAUCGAGCCAAUUUCCGUGAGCGAUGGAUUCCCCAGCUGGAAAGGGUGUUCCUGCGCCGAAGCACUCAACCGAAUCCCAAUCUUCGCUCUCUUCACAAGCGCCCGCUCAAAUCCAACUCGUCGGUCACAGGGGAACGGCUCGAUGAACCUGAAGCUCAGAUCGAUGACUCAAUGCAAGCCACGAGUAGCCGUGAAAGUCAUGCUAUCUCUCAACGACAGAGCACUCGCCUGGCACGUCAGAAAUCACGCGAAGCCGACGACGUUGGAAUGUGCGACGUUGUCAACAUUCGCAUUGAUAACCAGCGGCCGAGUGAAUUACAAUACGAUGAAGAUGAUUUUCUCGACGAUGAACUCAGUGGUGACGAGGACUGGGCUGGUUGA